ACGCAGAUUAGGACACAUGACAACACUAUAGCCUUUAAAGUGGUGUUAAGGCUAUAUGUUCUACUCCAGGCAUUUUGUGCAGGCAUCAGAUGGAAAACGAAGCGUCUUCCUAACGUGUGAUAAUUUUAUUUUCAAAGCGGAUUUUGAAUCCAUUGCUGUGUGGGAGGAUGUGUCGAAGUAAACGGCCUUAACCAAUCGGCAAGGAAGUAUCAAGGUCGUUGUACACACACUACUUUGUAUCUGCAGCAAGACAUCUGUCGGAAGUUAAAUUGCAAGUGUAAACGGAAACAUAAUUUAGAUAUAAUUGGUUUGUGUGAUUACGAUGAUUCUGAUAAUGGGGAUGAAACUGACACUUACAAUGAUAUCAGCUCUAUUUUGUUACCAGUUCACAACCGCAUUGUCAUUACCCUUGAUUGAAGAUAACGAAACACAGAAUUCAAACGAUCAAGAUCAACAGACGCAUGCUAGUCAAACAUCAAUUAACACCGAUACUUCUCUCAAGUCCUUGAUAGAUUCUGAAUCAGAAGUUUAUGUUGAUAUUGGGUACUCUGAAAUGACAGAAAAGAUGAACAAUUCCAAAAGUAAAUUAGAGAACAAAAGUAACGAGACUGAAGAUGAUCCACUGGCAGGAAUUUGCCAGACACCCGAGUGUAUACAGCAACUACAGGAGUAUAUGAAAUGGCGGCAAGACAAUGGAUACCCGGUACCAUCUGGGAGAUGGGGCAAAUAGUGGACAUAGAAGCAAAUGAAAUACAAAACCAUGAUUUUUUUUACGAAAACAUUUCUUUAAUAUUGACAUCAGUAUACUACCAAACUCUAAGUUUAAGCGUGUACAUACGAUAAAUGAAUAUUUCCGUCUUUAUAAUUUCAAUCUGAUUUACUGUGUCGAAUAUUUAUUUAGCCUCAAAUGUCGGGAUAUGUUAUCACUGAGGAAUGUUAAGAAUUCCGUUCACUUAAAUUCUAUUUUGUGAUGUAUAAACUACGUCAAACUUUUGUAAUUGGUAGGUUAUUUAUAGUUUACCCAUUUGAAUAAUAGUUGCAACUUGACAACUUCAUGAUAAGAAGUCUUUUCAAGUCUUUCAAUAUUCCAAAAACGUACUGCCUAAGUGCCUAAGUCAUUUAAAGUAGGAUUAGCUUUAAGUAUUGUAUGCAAGGUGUUGCUAUAGAUAUGAUCUGUUUCCCCUUAUAUAAGAAAAUAAAGUCAUCAUUAAGCUCA